AUGGGUCGGCUCGAUCGGAGUGAUACCACGGCCUCACAGAAUACCGACGUGAAACACAGUGUUGUGUUUCGCCGUACAUCAACGACGCUCAUCCUGCUGCUUCACUUAUCACUUCACACAGUCGACGAAGGGCAUGCCAUAAAUCCAAGUUGUACGUGUAUCCGCUACACGUCGACGUAUGGUAAGGAGCGUGGCACGUUCAGCAGCCCCGACUACCCGCGCCCCUACCCGUCCCGGAUCGACUGUCUCCUCUACACCUUCGUCGCGGCGCCCCACGAGAUUGUCGAGCUCGUCUUCACAGACUUCGACAUCUAUAAAGGACAUCUCGAGUGA